AUUUGUCCACUAAUUCUUAUAAUUUUUGCGAAAAAUCAACGUGCACUCCUUCAAUUACUAAACCUAAAAAAUCAACGUGCACUCCUUCAAUUGCUAAACCUAAAAAACCAACGUGCACUUCUUCAAUUGCUAAACCUAAAAAAUCAACGCGCACUUCUUCAAUUGCUAAACCUAAAAAAUCAACGUGCACUUCUUCAAUUGCUAAACCUAAAAAAUCAACAUGCACUUCUUCAAUUGCUAAACCUAAAAAAUCAACAUGCACUUCUUCAAUUGCUAAACCUAAAAAACCAGCAUGCACUUCUUCAAUUGCUAAACCUACAAAAAAUUAUAAACCAU